GAGGUGGCAUGCAGAUCUUUGUGAAGACCCUGACGGGCAAGACCAUCACUCUUGAGGUCGAGCCUAGUGACACCAUUGAGAAUGUCAAGGCCAAGAUCCAAGACAAGGAAGAGUCCACCUUGCACCUGGUGCUGCGCCUGCAUGGGAGCAUCAUCGAGCUGUCCCUUAGUCAGCUUGCCCAGAAAUACAACUGUGACAAGAUAAUCCCCCACAAGUGCUAUGCUCACCUGCACCCCCUUGUGGUCAACUGCUGA